UCCCCACGGAAGUAAAAGGAGCACUUCCAGGUUCGGCAAGAACCUGGAGCAGGGGGCGUUAGGUCUGAGCUGUUGGGUCUUACUCCGAAGCUCCGCCUUCUCUCCGCUUUUUCUAGAAACCCGGCUUUGCUUUUGGCAGUGUCGUACAGGUAGUUCCCGGCCACUGUGGGUGCUCCCAACGCAAUUCGCUGCACAGGAGCGGCCGAAACUUUUCUUCUGUUGAGCGUCCGAGACGCGUGCGUGGAUCUCCCCAUGGCAGAAACGGCCCCGAACGGCCCCCAAGGGGCGGGCGCAGUGCAAUUCAUGAUGACCAAUAAACUGGACACGGCCAUGUGGCUUUCUCGAUUGUUCACAGUUUACUGCUCUGCUUUGUUUGUUCUGCCUCUUCUUGGGUUGCACGAAGCUGCAAGCUUUUACCAGCGUGCUCUGCUGGCCAAUGCUCUCACCAGUGCUCUGAGGCUGCACCAGAGGCUGCCGCAUUUCCAGUUAAGCAGAGCAUUCCUGUCCCAGGCUUUAUUGGAAGACAGCUGCCACUACCUGUUGUACUCCCUCAUCUUUGUCAAUUCCUACCCUGUUACGAUGAGUAUUUUUCCUGUGUUGUUAUUCUCUUUGCUUCAUGCCGCCACAUAUACGAAAAAGGUUCUUGAUGCCAAGGGUUCAAAUAGUUUACCUUUGCUGAGAUCUGUCUUGGAUAAACUAAGUGCUAAUCAACAGAAUAUUCUGAAAUUCAUUGCUUGUAAUGAAAUAUUCUUGAUGCCUGCUACAGUUUUUAUGCUUUUUAGUGGUCAAGGGAGUUUGCUCCAGCCUUUUAUCUACUAUAGAUUUCUUACUCUUCGGUAUUCGUCUCGAAGAAAUCCAUAUUGUCGGACCUUGUUUAAUGAGCUGAGGAUUGUUGUUGAGCAUGUAAUAAUGAAACCUGCUUGCCCACUGUUUGUGAGAAGACUUUGUCUCCAGAGUAUUGCUUUUAUAAGCAGACUGGCACCAACAGUUGCGUAGUUUAACGUCCAGCUAAGUUAUAUAUAAUAUUCAUAAGCAUUAUUAGCAGUUGGUACUUACGCUAGGGGGUUGUUAAUUCCAGGUAAAACUGACCUCAAUCCAAUUUACAUAAUUUACAUAAAUGCAUCUCAAUGGAAAAGUAAUCAUUUUUCUGGCAUGUUAAAUCAAGCCUUUUAAAACGUUCCCGAGAAAAUAUUACUGUGCUGUGUUGUUAAUGAUUAAGGAAGUUUUUAUCAUGUGAUAAAUGUCUCAAAAAUUUUUUUAAAUGCUGCUGUGCCUUUAUCAUGAAGUACAUUUAUUUUUCUUGUAAAAGUAGGUUUAAAAUUUCUUUCAACCUCAUGGGUACCCUGAAUUUAUAUCUGGCAUGAUUUCAUCAUGGUAAUAUUAACCGUUCAUAUUAUUAGUAUUCAUUAAUAAUAAUGAAUUCAUUAUAUUUUGAGACAGUAUUCUUUGUCAUUCAGUAAUUUUAGUUGAUGAUUUUAAAAGAAGCGUUUACCACUGUAUUUAAUUUCAAAUUGUUAUUCAUUGAUUUUCUGCUGCUUUGUUAGGAUUUAUUUGGAUGUACCAUUAUAAGAGGAAUCCUGCAUGCAUCUUACACUGUGACCUUCCAGAAUUUUAUUUCCAUAAUUACUUAAUGUGGCUUUGAAUAUUUUUUUUAAAAGGCUGAACUGUUAAGCUUAUUAGCCAAUUGGGUAAAUAUCUGGAGUCACGACUCUUUUACAUUGGAAAGCAGCAGUAGUUCCACAGCUUUCCUUGCAGAGACCCAUUAAGUAACCUUUCUCAAAUAGGAAACCCUGAUACAAAUGUGGACACAUAGAUUAUUAGUAUCAGUAUAGUUUAUAGAAUUACCUAGAUGAGACUCUUGACUGCCAAUUCUCUUGGUUUCUUAGGCUUGAACUUUCCUAGACAGUUGCAGCAGUUCAGAUGUCUCUUGAAAGGAAUGUCACUGGAGAUUGAGCAUAUGCCUGUAUUCCGUGUCUAUUCUGAAAUCAUAAUGAAGAUUAUCCUGUAGAUUACAUGCUUACCCAUCAAAUCUGAUUUAAAAGGUUAAAUGGAGGGGUUUAUAGGUAAGAUCAUUGAUUGGGGAGGGGGCCGGAGAGGACUUGUGGGGGAAUAGUGUGCAUUUUAAUUUCAUAAUGCAUAGGUAAAAUUGGGAGUAUAAUAUGUUAAAUUCUGUUUGUUGAGAUGCCAUCAACUUCUUUAUAAAAUUCAUUCUGAUCUUUAUUACUGUUGCAUGAUGGAGAAUGUUUAAAACACUGCAGAAAUUUUAGUACAUAGUAACGUAGUGGUUUUUGUAACCAGUUUUCUUCUGUCUGCAUGUAAUUGGAAUUCUCAGAUACAUUCGUUAGUAACUUGUCAGUAACAGUUUUCUGUUUAUUCAACUUUCCCAUCUCUGGAAACGUGAGAUCUACUUGAUAGCUCAACUGUAACCACCCGUUUUUGUAUUUUUGUAGUAUUUAUCUACUAAGUUAGAAAAGCAGCCUUAUGAUCUAUAGUUGAUUGGGUGGGUGGGUGGGUGGGUGUGUGGCUAGCCUCAUUAUCAUUAUAUAUGUAAUCUGAUGGUUUUAAGAACUAAUUUUCUAGAGCAAUAAAGUGACUAUAAUGUUAAGUAAACAGUAUAUUGAUUUCUAAUGAUGUCUUUAAAAAUUAAGUCUUGAAUUAUAUCAAGAAAUUUUGGCAGCUGAAGGUAUAUUUAUUCUUAAGUUACUAGUUUUUUUCUAAAAAUUUUUUUUAAUCUGGAGAUAAUUUUAGAUUUAUAGAAGAGUUACAAAAAUAGUGCAGAGAGUUCUUGUCUACCUUUUACUCAGCUUCCCUUUAUACUAAAAUUCUACAUAACUAUACAAUAUUUAUCAAAACUAAGAAAUUAGCCUUGGGACAAUACUAUUAAAAAUAGAAGUUAUCAGAUUUCACCAUUUUUUCCAUUUAUUAAUUUUCUUCUUGUGAGCUGUUUUUACUGAGAUUGAUUGUCUUUCACUUUCAAUGACCAAAAAGUAUGCCUUGGAGUUUUUCCUCUUUAAUUAGGAAAUUACUGUGAAAAAGAUUUCCCUAUAAGAAAUGACUUCAGAUUGGUUUUAACAAAAAGAAUUUUAACAGUAAAACACAAUUUAGAACAUUCUGCACUUUAAAAGUUGAGCCUUUGUAUCACAUAAUAGGAUUAUAUUUCUGAUAUGCUUAUAUGUGACUGGUCUUUAAAGGAAAGCUUGAUUUUUAAAUAAAAUACUCAACUCAUGAAAACGAAAAUUUUACCAUCUGAGCAUUACUAGAUGUUUAGUUUGCAUGAGCUUGUAGCUAGGGAUUCUGCAGUAUAAAUAUGUAGAACCAGCUGAUUUGGCAUCUGAAACUACAGCGUAAUCUGUACACCUAUCAAAUUAAAAUUAAGGAAAUACAGUAGCAGUAUAUGGAAUGAAUGAAGUAGGAGAAACCAUAGCAUAGGUGAAAAAGUUGUGUUAACAUCCAGAAUAUCUAAUUCUUUAGGAAGUGUUGUAGUGUUCUUUUCCUUCUAGCACUUUUUGAAUGAAACCCUCUUGGACAGGUAGAAGCCUAACACAAAACCUGCUUUUGUUAUAACAGGAAUUUUGUAUUCCUUUUGUGUGUUUGAUUCCUCAUGAAUUUAAACACUAUUUAGUAUCAGUCCAUAGAAAACUUUCUUAAAUCAAAAUUUAUAUUUAAAUUUUCUUUUGCAAUAAAAUUCACCCAAGUAGAUACUCCUGCAAGUAAGUAAUUAAAUUUAGAUAUUUAGAAACUUACCUUACAGAGCAAAUCAAAGCAUGCUGAUAUUAUACCAGAAGUUAUGAGAGACUUAGGAGGUCUGUUUUAUAACUGAAUGGUAAAGCUAUCUCUUUUCUAAAAAAUCACAAUGAAAAUUCUGAGUAGGUUUGUAUAUUUAGGGUAUGAAUAUUAAUCAAUUUGGAAAGGAAAAUGAGUGUAUAUGUAAUAAGUGGAACCGGGAGACUAUUUUUUUUUUUUUUAAGUUUGAGAUCAGAGUGAAUGAAAUUAGUUUUGAGGGAUUGUGCUAAAGAUUCUCAUUUAACCCUAAGGAAUUUAUUUUGAUUAAUAUAGUGAUUCUGAAACUCUUGCCCCACUCAUGCCCACCCAGAUCCUCCUAGGAUCUGCUAGCCUCAAAGCUACCACCCAAAUUUAGACCACUUUUGAUUCUUAAUCUGUAAUGAAACCUCAAAGGAGAAAAGUAACCACCAGUAGUUAGUUAUGUGUAUGAUCAGUAGGUGGCACUCUUUCCUCAAGUAGGCACCCCCUCCCCCCAAUUGUUUCACAGGCCCUGCUGGCAGGUUAAAUGCCACCCAAAGUGCUGAGUCAGCCAUUAAACUAAGGACCUGAACUCCAUGACCCUUUUUAAUAUGUAAGUACUCAGAACUCAACACAUAUUUUCCAUAUAUGAGUACAUUUAAAAAAUAUUGAGAUGUUGAAAAGAUGGAAGCAGUACCCUGUUAAUGCUUACUUUCUGGCUAAAUGGUAAUAUAGGCCACAAUUGGGAACAACAUUCUCCUGAUCAUGGGUUCUGUCCUGUUCUGUUUUGUUUUCUUUACACAUAGUGCCUAAAUCACCUAAAUACAUCAAUUAUAAAAUUGUUCUUUUUGUUCUUUCAGCUUCAUUUUCAGGUGUAUAGAAAAAUGGUACUUAAAAUUUUUUUGUGGUCAUUUUGUAGGUGUACAAGGGAUAGCCAGUUCAGCUAUUUAAGAUUAGAGGUUUCAUAGUAAUAAAAAAGCAUAUUGAAAAUUUUGGUUAUUGUAUCAACAGUGGUACCUAGAUUUUUAAAUUGUUUGAGUUGCAGAGACAACUAGUUUCUCUUUAAACCUCAUUGGAAUUUCUCUAGGACUAGAAUUCUGCAGAGGCUAAAUGACACUGUAGUUAGUAGAUCGUUUACCAAAGGCAUGUGUUUAUAGAUCCAGGAAUCAUUUCUAGGAUUUGUUUUUUUUGUUGUUGUUUUUUAACGAGCAGUCCUCUUCUAAGAUUCAGAGAGGAAAGUUGUUACUGGAUCUGAUAUUAAAGACAGGAAAGAAGCUGCUAAAAAUUUGGAAGGAUUCUUGGUAGCAGUUAUUCUAGGACAUGUGUAUCUUCUAAGGUGGUCUUCAGGUGGGUUCUUAGAGUGAACCCCCGUUUUUCCCAUGUGAGGGAUUUGGUCUGGGGAACGCUUCUCUUGUGCAGUGCAAAUAGGAAAACAGACUGCACGGAGUUUGAGUUGAUUUGACAGGAGAUAAAGUACAGUAUUUUUUAAGUCUAAAGCAGAUUGUUUCUUAGAAAAGUGAUAAAAAAAAUUGAAAGAUACUUUUGCUGGAAUCUAAAAAUUAAGUCAUGUUAGAGAAGAAGAAAAGGCUCAAGAGUCGGUGCACAUUUCCCUUCAUAGCCUUCUUAAAGCUCACUUUUUGAUAGGCUCAGUCCUUUUAAACUAACUUUCUGUUUUUCUUGGUUUAUGACAGUUGAAUUCCAAAUUUUGUUUUGUACCUUUAAAAUAGAACAAACGCUUUUGACAUGAAUUUUUGCUUACAUAUAUAUUUGUAAGUUGAGACCAAAUGGGCAAAGUGUUGGGAAGGUAACCCUUGUGAUGUGUUUAUAUUGCAACAAAUAUAAAAAGGGUCACAAAGAUUAGAAAGAGUCGUAAAGAGCUGCUUGAUUUAUAAAUGCAUUAGUUCUGGUGCUCCAUAUAAUGGGAUAUAUUAAACUAAAAAAUUUGUAUAUAUAGUAUGUCAGCAUUUCUUAGUAACUUCUCUUGAAUCCAUUUUUAAUAUCUGAUAUUGUACAGGUUGGGGAGUUCUACUCUUCAGGCCAAUACUAUCCAGACUGUAUAAAUUUAUAAAAUAAAUUGAAAAAUUCAUCAUUCUCCUAUAUUCGAGACCAGCGCACAUAAAUGCUAAUGUAGGGCUCAGAGGGGAAAUAUAUUUCUCCUGAAUAUUUGAGAAAAUGUGAAGUCCUUUCAAGAAAAUCUAAUAAACAUAAUAAUCAUAGCCUGCUGACACUAAGGAAAAAGGACCUCAUUCGCUCUUUCUUUUAUGCAGCGAUUUACUGGUCCCCACUGAUUUCCAAAUUGGAUCACUGUAGUAAAUUAUCUAUGCGGGUACCUGUGAAAGUAAGCCCUGGGAUCCAUAUUUGUUUUGUGUUCUGCUUAAAUCAGCAAGAAUGAUAAAUUUGAUGGUGUGAAAUUGAAAGUGUCAAGGGCUUUCUUUGGUGAUUGAGCAAAAUGAUGUCUCCACUUUAAUUUAUUGUGACCCCUUUUCACUCUAUGUGCUUUGUAUAUCUAAUAUUUAUUUCAAUACAAAUUAAAUUCUUGUUCCUUCAUCUGUAUUGUUAUAUAUCUAAGAUUUUAUUGAUGUAAAAAUCAAAUUGUGUAAUAAAAAUCUCUCUGGAUUUAAGCAGAUUUGAAAAUGUUAUGUUGCAAGAAAACAUUUAUAGUUAGAAUUCCGCUCUCCAUUGUGCUUCGUUGCCUUAUUGUUAAAACAAGGUGAACUUGAGCACUUCUUUUUGAAUUCAGGCACUUUCCUCGGCCCCAUCACAACUAAUAGAAAUGCUGUAAUUUUGUGGUUUAAGGUAAAACUGGAAAAGAAAAGAAAAGAAAA